AUGCAACUUCUCGAGAAGAAGUUCCGAGCAUUGGAAGGAGAGCACGUCUUUGGUUUUACUGCCAAAGAAAUGUGCCUUAUAUCUGGGAUGGUGAUUCUGACUAAGUUUAAAACUCCGGAUUUCGUCAAAUACAAGGAAUAUACUUGCCCAAAAAGCCAUCUCAUCAUUUAUUACCGUAAAAUGGCUGCUCAUGUGGAAGAUGACAAGCUGAUGAUCCACUGUUUCCAAGAUAGCUUAAGUGGGGCUCCUUGCAAAUGGUAUUGGAGUUUGGAUCAAAGUAGGAUCAGAUGCUUCCAAGACCUAUCAGACGCAUUCAUCAAACACUACAAAUACAACAUGGACAUGGUGCCUGAUAGAAGACAACUGCAAAGCAUGUUCCAGCAUGACAAAGAGUCCUUCAAGGAAUAUGCACAAAGAUGGACAAAACUGACUUCUCAAGUCGAACCACCUCUUGCCGAGAAAGAGCUUGUUGAACUAUUUAUUGACAUUGUCCAACCCCAAUUCUAUAAGAAGAUGGUUGGAAGUGCUUCCUUGGGUUUCUCCGAGCGUGUUGCUAUAGGAGCUCGUGUUGAAUAUGGUUUGAGAAAUGGUAAACUUGUAGUUGUGGCCGGAGCUUCGAGUGCUAAUCCGAAGAAGUUAUCUAGAGGGUUUCCCAAAAAAAAAGAAAGGUGA